GGUCACCGCUGUGACGUGCUGUGUUUGCCUACAAGGCGAUGACGUUGCAGCGGGCGACGCGGCGGCAGUGACGGUGGCCAGCAGAAGUAAAGAUGGCGGACUCGUCGGGGACCGAGCUGUCAGAAGAGAAAGAAGCAGAAACUGAGCUGAGGAAGAGACAGAAACGUCCGUGGGAUGAUCUGCACAGGUCGGCGAAGAUCGGCCUGGCCGCGGAGCUGCCGGAGACGUUGGGUUUUUACGACAUAAGCGCUGUCAGGAGGGAGCGGCGGGAGCAGGCGGCAGAUCCGUCGUUGACGCGAUUCAUCACUGCGGAGCUCACCAGAGGCUACUUCCUGGAACACAAUGAAGCAAAGUACACUGAGCGCAGAGAGAGAGUUUACACAUGCAUGCGCAUACCCAAGGAGCUGGAGAAGCUGAUGAUCUUCGGCUUCUUCCUGUGCGUGGACGCCUUCCUGUAUGUCUUCACGCUGCUGCCCCUCAGGGUGCUGCUGGCCAUGCUGCGACUCCUCACCCUGCCGUGCUGUGGCUUCAGGGCGCACACAUGCCCUUACUGCAGACGAAGCAGUGGGUCUCGGCUGCUGCAGCCAGCGCAGGUAUGUGACAUGCUGAAGGGCCUGAUCCUGGUGCUGUGCUUCUCCAUGAUGCAUUACGUCGAUUACUCUAUGAUGUACCACCUGAUCAGAGGACAGUCUGUCAUCAAACUCUACCUCAUCUACAACAUGUUGGAGGUGGCUGACCGCCUCUUCUCCUCCUUUGGUCAAGACAUCCUGGACGCUCUGUACUGGACAGCCACAGAACCCAAAGAACGGAAAAGAGACAACAUCGGAGUCAUUCCUCACUUCAUCAUGGCUGUCUUCUAUGUCUUCCUCCAUGCCAUCCUCAUCAUGGUCCAAGCCUCCACCCUCAACGUCGCCUUCAACUCACACAACAAGUCCCUGCUCACCAUCAUGAUGUCCAACAACUUUGUGGAGAUCAAAGGAAGUGUGUUCAAGAAAUUUGAGAAGAACAACUUAUUCCAAAUGUCCAACAGCGAUAUCAAAGAACGAUUCACCAGCUACGUUCUCCUGCUCAUUGUUUGUCUCAGGAAUAUGGAGCAGUUUGCAUGGAACCCAGACCACCUGUGGAUUCUGUUCCCUGAUGUUUUUAUGGUCGUCACCUCUGAAGUUGCCGUUGACAUCAUUAAACAUGCUUUCAUCACCAAAUUCAACGACAUCACUGCAGACGUGUACAGUGAAUACAGAGCCAGUUUGGCCUUCGAUCUCGUCAGCAGUCGACAGAAAAAUGCUUGUACAGACUACAGUGACUCAGUGGCUCGGAGGAUGGGCUUCAUCCCUCUGCCUUUGGCUGUUCUGCUUAUCCGAGUGGUGAUGAGUUGUGUGAAGGUGCAGGGUGCUCUUUCAUACUCGUGUGUGUUCCUCUUUUAUCUUGGGCUGGUUUCACUUAAAGUGUUGAACAGUAUUGUGCUGCUGGGGAAGUCGUGUGUUUACGUCAAGAGGGCCAACAUGGAGGACAAACUGUUUGAGAGACCCUCCGCCACUCCAGCCUCCUCCGGGAAAACCCCCAGCAAAGCUGACCAAGACAGAUGUCCCACACCAUCAGGUGAAACCAAAGUAGAGCAGAUCCCCACCACGCCGUGCAGCCCACCAUCCCCCUCCUCCUCCUCUGUGACCACCCAGCCGACUCCCAGGACUGACUUGUUCCCACCGCUUCCCACCGAUGCCUCUCCUGCCGCUCCAUCUAGCCGUCCUCCAACUCCACCACCAGAACCUGAGCAAAUUACACCUUCAUUCUCCAAAGAAGAAGAGGACGAGGCACAAGGAGCCUCUGAACUGAAGCACAGGACUCCCAAAAAAGACCUGCUGGAGAUCGACCGCUUCACAAUCUGUGGUAACCGCAUCGACUGACCAGCGGCGGCCGCUGAUGUAGCGAUUAACCACUCAGGAAAGACGGCGAGCAAAGGUCACUUCAGCCUGGCUCUCCCAGCCAACAAGCAGCAGAAAGCUGAGUAUUUAUUUAAGUCAGUGGCAAUACAAUAAGUUAUUGUGAACACUUGGUAUCAGGAGAUUCUGCUGGCGUUGAAGCCUGAAGUCGAGAAGUUUGACAAAGAAAACUUCAGCUGGCUGACAAACAGCAGGAGACAGAAAGUGUGACUGUGACAGACCCAGUCAUCAGGAUGAAUUGUGUGUUUGUGUGUGUGAAAGUGUUAGAAUGGUUCAGUAUUUGGAGGGUUUGUGUGUGUGUUCGUGUGUGUGUGUGAAACAGCGUACGUGUGAGAGCACACAAGCACUUCCUGUCUGAGAAGCACUGGGACCAGAAGGAGACAAAUUUCUCAGUUCGCUCAAAAAACAGAGGAAACAUCUGAAUCACGUUUCACAGCUUCAGAUGUUUCCUCUUCCUCAAGAAAACCAGAUUUAAGGCGUGCGAGGUUCCUUUUUGUAAAACAGUGUGAGAGUGUCAUCCAACAUAUCAGACACUGGGGUUACUUAAAGAAUUCAACAAUGAAAUUUAGGCUUCUAAGAGGUUCCUUCAAUGAGCGUCUUGACGCCAGUGGUCCCCAACCUGAAGGCCUCAACCCACACAAAGUGUCAUAAGACAAAUGUGGUGCGACACAAGAUGAUUAACAACCUAGGAAAGCAGAAAAAAAGCAAUGCACAAUGUUUAUUCAGAGUUUUCUCUCACGGUAACGCUUUUUACUCAAUAACUGCAUUUCUAACUGAAUUUUACAUUUUAGGUCUCUGAAACAGACUCAAAUGAAAAACAGAAAAACAAAUGACUUCUUGUCUAAACUGCUCACGAACCGUACUCCCAUAUUUACAUUGGUAGAAAGGGGGUCACAAGCCAAAAAUGUUAAGAGACGCAGCUCUAAACAAUCACACACUGAUCAUAUUAGAGCUUCUGCAUCGCGGCUCGCUCCAUUAACGGCUCAGUUCAGAAGUCCAUACCUCAGUGAGACUAUGGUAGAAUUUUGAAGCGAAGCGUCGUUUUUUACUCUCCAACAUCACGUGAUGCAGUUAUGAACGUGACUAAGAAGAGUGACUUUUAAUUAGAGCCUUAAGUCGAGCCUUUUGUUUACACAGCUAACAGAUAAAGUCAUUUGCAGCCCACACUUUGCCUUCAGCGUCUAAAGGACCUUUUUAUUAAAGCACCCAGUCAGCGCACAACAACAACAGAAGCUGCUGGUCAAAUGCCGCUGACAUUAGAUCUGCUGCUUCUACCAGCCGCUUACGCUGCCACAGGUCCACUUACAACUAUGAAAAAAGACAACUUGUCAUUUGUUGAUUAAAAUAGUGAAAAAUGCUCAUAGACACUGAAGAUUGUCUUCAUUUUCUUCUUGCUUAGGGUGCAUUUUUCUAAUCGCUUUAUAAACAGCAUAUUAGGCAGCAAAUCCUAAUUUGUUAUCUUCAAAAUGCAGAUAAUCAUUAUCGUUAUCACUCCAAUCCAAGGAUUAAUGUGACAUCACACAUCCUUCAAGUAACCAGAGGUUAUUAUUAAAAUGGUAUUUAAUUUCUCAUUGAUUUUUGGUCAAGAAUGUUUGCACUGAUGGACCGUAUUGUCUUAAAUACGACCUUGUAACGUAUGUUUCUCAUUCGACUCAAGUGAUAUUCUAAUGUUUACAUCUUAGAAAAUAGAAGCAAUAUUUCCACAACAAAAUGCCUUUUGUGCAUGUGUGUUUUACCUCUGUCAAAAUGAUUUGCUAUGAUUUGAUGAUUUAUGAUAUGACUUAUCUUUUAUUGCAAUGAAAAAUCUAUAAAUUCAAUAUAUAAUAGACCACGUAUAUCAGCAAGCUUUCAUUCGUCACCCAUAUAUGUAAUCGAUUGUCAAUUAAAUAUAUUAUUCCUAACAUAAUAAGACAAUUUAACAAUUCAACGUGAGGCCAUAAAGGUCUAGCAAAUAUUUAAUUUGUGUCAGAAUUGGAUGACUUUUGUUGUCUGAUCCAAAUUGAAUGUUUAAUAUGUUAUGCAGCACUUUAUGGUUCCUUUACAGGGUUACACUUUGUAUCUCCAUGAGGCUAUUCCACCGCUACAGUUUUGUGCAGCAAGCUCAGUAGUUUUAGCAUAAUUAUAUAUAGGAUUGAAUUAUUAGAGACAGUUUUCCAAUAAUCUACAGACAGAAAUGACUUCUCUUUGAGUUAAAUUUCCUCUUUAUGCUGCACUCCCAUCACUCUUAGUUUAUUUUGGAAAUUAAAAGGUACUUCACUGCCCUUUGGCAGAAGUUGUCGUAAUAUAAACACAUUUAACUUUAAGCAGAAGGAAGAUGUAUAUAACACAUAUCGGCAUUUCUUUGAUGGUGUUUUGGAGAUAAAAAGGUUGUUUAUAAUGUUCAUUACCGUUGUAAUAAGGAAGAUAGUUCUAUUUUUGGAGCUGCCAGUUGUGAUAUGAUAAUAUGUUCUGCGCAUGAAAUCUGAUGAUCUGUCAGUCCUUCAUGUUGUGGUCGGUCUGCCCACUGUCAGCUGGCUGAGUCUCACCGGUCCCAGUCUGCAGAUGAGAUCGAUCAAAACUGGACCCAGCUGGGCUCAGAUGAACUACUGGAGACGAGGCAAAAGUGUUCUUAUGCAAGCUGCGAUGGUCCAAUACACUGCCUGCUUUGUUUCAUCAGUUUGGUUCCUUAUUUAAUUCCUACCUCGAUAUUGUAUGAAAAUGCCCCCUUUUGGAUAAAUAAAAGUUGGUUUCUUAA